GGCAGCUCGAAGAGAGCCCACCCCACAAAGGCCCCCUCAGGAAUGAAGCAGCCUUUCAGGGCCACAGGGGCUGCAGCCUCCCCUGCUCUCCUUAAAUAGCCAGCCGUCCUCCUGCGGCUGCACGGAGCGGAGCCCGCCAGGUUCCCCAGCCGCACCGGCCCCCAGCUCACCUGCGGGCCCCAACACUCCUGCCCUGCCCCCCUGGGUCGUCUGCAAGAGCUCUGCCUCCAGCCACAGCAUGAAUGGCCUCGAGGUGGCCUCCCCAAGUCUGACCAACAACUCCUCCCUGGCCGACUCUGAGCGAUGUGGGCAGGAGACACCUCUGGAGAACAUGCUAUUCGCCUGUUUCUACCUCCUGGAUUUCAUCCUGGCUUUCGUGGGCAAUGCCCUGGCCCUGUGGCUUUUUAUCAGGGACCACAAGUCAGGCACCCCGGCCAACGUGUUCCUGAUGCACCUGGCCGUUGCAGAUCUGUCCUGUGUGCUGGUCCUGCCCACCCGCCUCGUGUACCACUUCUCUGGAAAUCACUGGCCCUUUGGGGAAAUCCCAUGCCGACUCACGGGCUUCCUGUUCUACCUCAACAUGUACGCCAGCAUCUACUUCCUCACCUGCAUCAGCGCUGACCGCUUCCUGGCCAUCGUGCACCCGGUCAAGUCCCUCAAGCUACGCAGGCCCCUCUAUGCCCACUUGGCCUGUGCCUUCCUGUGGGUGGUGGUGGCCGUGGCCAUGGCCCCGCUGCUGGUCAGCCCGCAGACAGUGCAGACCAACCACACGGUCGUCUGCCUACAGCUGUACCGAGAGAAAGCCUCCCACCACGCCCUCGCGUCCCUGGCUGUGGCCUUCACCUUCCCGUUUGUCACCACGGUCACCUGCUACCUGCUGAUCAUCCGCAGCCUGCGGCAGGGCCCCCGCGUGGAAAAGCGCCUCAAGAACAAAGCUGUCCGCAUGAUCGCCAUGGUGUUGGCCAUUUUCCUGAUCUGCUUCGUGCCCUACCACGUCCACCGGUCCAUCUACGUGCUGCACUACAGCAGCGGUGGGGGGAAGUCCUGCACGGCCCAGCGCGUCCUGGCCCUCGGGAACCGCAUCACCUCCUGCCUCACCAGCCUCAACGGGGCCCUGGACCCCGUCAUGUACUUCUUCGUGGCUGAGAAGUUCCGCCACGCCCUGUGCAACCUGCUCUGCGGCAAACGGCUCGCGGGCCCGCCGCCCAGCUUCGAAGGGAAAACCAACGAGAGCUCACUGAGCGCCCGGUCAGAGCUGUGAGCCCUGGGGUGCUGUCCGCAGGCCCCAGCCCAAGACCCCGGCACAGGCCACCCGACGACCCAAGCCGGAGAAGUACACCUUGUCCCAACACCUCCUGAGCAAACAUCAUGAAACAAACGUCAGCAGGUCCCCACCUGCCUCCAAGGUGGCCCAGCCUUCACUUCAGCAAAUCCCUAAAGAGAAAGGACUACGGAGAUGGCCUGGCUGCCCCUCCACACGGACUGGCUUGGCCCUGCUUCCUUGAAGCUCCCAGACAUGGUGACCUCACCCGUGCUAAGGGGGCAGGGGGCCAGAGAGACAAUUCUGGAACAAUGAGAGCCUUUCUUCCCCACUAGGCUCCCAGCCCCCUUUACACUACAGGCGCAUGCAUAGCAGCGACGCUCUGUAGGAAGACCCAGAACACCAGCUGUCCGGGACCCCGGAAAAGAGACACCACGGAUCUCGGUGAAGACUGUCCUUCAAAGCGCAAGGAGAACUGAGCGCCCUUUAUGGCGCCUGUGCCAGAUGAUGCUUUUCUUAAUUUAGGGGACUUAGACUCUAAAUGACAGUAAGGACAUUUCAAGCUGGUGGCAUGUGAGCCCAGCAAGCAGCCAGUGCCCACAUGCCUGCCUGUAGCCUGACACUGACUAGGGUUUUCAAGCAGGAGAAGGUUGCCCGGCCAAGCAUAUGGCAUGGGUGAGAACCACAAACCCCAACCAGAGGCAGGGCACUGGGCAUGUGAAGCAGAUCAUACCGGGGCAUCCUAAGCUCUUCUCUCUCCUAAGAGGCCUCCACCACCAGCCUCUGCCAGCCUGGCUUUGAGCUGUUGCACAUGGCAGCGUGUGUGGAUCCUUGUAACACACCCUUGCUCACACUCAUCUGCACUUUUUGUAAACAUCGCAGCUUUAAGGUGAAGGAGGCAGUGUAUCCGCAAUGCAACGACCUCCCCUUGAACUUCCUUCUCAUCCAAGAACAGCCAAGUGUGUCUCAGGUGGUGGUGGGGGAGAAUCAGCGGUCUUGCCGUGCUUUUUGGUGGCCUCGCGGAGCAUCUGCCCCACGCAGACCUGAAGUUCUGCAUCACAGGGCUCCAAGCAGCAGCUGGGCAGGAGGGUAGAAGCAGAGACUCAUCCCCCCCCCCCCGUGCCUAUCAUUACAGCGACACUACCUUCCCGUCACACUUUGCCUUCUGAGACGUCUUCAGUCUCCCCCAUCUCCCCAGUCAGCAAGUGGGGAGGUGGCCGUGUGCAAGUAAGCCCAAGAGAGAGGACAGGUGCUCGGGGAGACAGAGGCUAGAUGGAUAGGACACUUGCUGUGCACCCAUGAGCACCUGAGUUUGGGAACCCAGGACCCGUGUAAAGCCAGGCACGGUGGCACACACCUGUGGUGAGAUGGGAGGCAGAGGCAAGAGACUCCUGGAAGCUUCCAGGUCCGUGAGCCUGGUGAACAGUGGUGAAGGAGAAAGCCUGCCUCCAGGUGGAAAGCGAGAACCAACACCUGGGGCUGUCCUCUGACCAUGGCAUGCACACACGUGUGCACACAAGUGCGUGUGUACACACACACGAACAGGCAUACACAUGCCACACACCAAAUUCUUUAAAAAAGAAAGAAAAGAAAGAGGGUAGAGGAUCCAUUCCAGGCAGAGCUCCGAUUAGUGACUCUUCCUUAGCACGGUACCCUCGGUGCUGGCCGUUGGCCCCACUCUCUGCUGCCCGCCCCUCAUGGCCCUUCACCAAGGCAGCCUGCUGAAUGCCACUCACCAUGCCAGCCCUAACGGUGGCAGAUCCAACAGGAGGCCACCUCCCUCUUUCACAGAGCUGCUAAGGGACAAGGUCAUUGCCGGCUGUGCAGGAAGAAACCAUGGAGGGGCUGCAACAGGAAAUCAUGGUGCCCAGACAGAAAGGGAGUGGCAGUCUGACAGACAGCUAGGAGAGCUCCAGGAGGCAGAGCUUCCUUAAGGACGGGAAACAGCUCUGUUGCGUGGGCGACGCCUAGAGCCCCCCCUGGACACUGCAUGUGGUUAGAGGAGUUCAGCCACUGACCAGGAGGUUUGGGGUGGCCCCUGGAGUGUCCAACAUGCCACUGAUAGACCUGAGAUUUCCUUUUCAAAGGAAGAUGUGGAAGGUUGAGGACAGAGCCCCGAAGAACUCCUCUUGGACACAAGGGGUCCAGGGGCAGCCAGCACAGCAAGUCAGCAGAGAGCAGGGCCUGGCUGUGAGAGCCCAGGAGGCGAGGGGGCGCCUGGCAGGGCCCAGGGGUGCUGAGAUGCAGAGCAGGCUGGCAGGAAGGACUGCAGCACACACAGGCGCUGCAGGGGGCUCUGGGCAGGUCAGGGGCCAGGCUUCGGCCACAGGGGAGGCAGAGAGACUGCAGUGAGAUGGGCGGGACUGAGGAGAAAGCCCAAGGCCUCUUGGAAGGGGACACUUCCUUGGGUGCAGAAGUGGACUUUGGCCCUGAAUUUAAAGUAUGUUCAAGGAACCUGGGUGGGUGAGAUCUCCCCAGCAUCGUUUUUUUUAAGGUAGGGUCUCUCACUCUAGCCCAGGCUGACCUGGAAUUCACCUCUGCAUUCUCGGGGUGGCCUCGAACUCACGGCGAUCCUUCUACCUCUGCCUACUAAGUGCUGGGAUUAAAGGCAUGCGUCACCUCAUCCGGCUAUUCUCCAGCAUCUUUUAACCAUGUGGAUAUGGAGUGGGGAGGUGGGCAGCUGGGGUGAGGGGGUAACAGAGUUCUUUAUCCAUCCUUGGCCACUCAGGAGCCCUUAUGAAUUCUGCCCACGGGGAACACUCCUUGCCCCGGGAGGCCCCUGUCUACUCUCCCUCUCCCAGCCUGCGUACUCUGGGGCUGUGUGCUCCCAUCACCCGCUGCUCUCUCAGUACAGCUUGCCACAGAGUCAGGAGCAUGCCUGGCACUUGGUAUGUGGCACCUAUGAAAGUGGGCCAAGGGCCCUGCUCUGGGCUCGGGCCACAGCCGCCUCACCUGCCCGCGUUCUUCACAAAGCCCAGGUCAGCCAGCUCUACAUCACACAGCUCACAGCGAAAGCAGCCCGGGUGCCAGUUGGUGUUCAUCGCCUUGAUCACACGUCCGAUCACGAACUCACCUGGAUGAGGAGGGGUCCCGCUGCUGGGCUGGUCGCUCCCCGCUCUCCCACACCUCCCAAGCCUCGUGCACACAGGCCCAUCUCAGCCUGGUCCAGACACCCCCUCUUUAAGGGCCUGCAUGGUGAUGCUCGGAGAGACAGAGUGAGGAGCUCAGGAAAGGCCUGAGCCAGGCAGGACCGGGCUGCCCGGUCUCCCACCCCGUGCCUCCACCACGUCUCCCGCCCCACCAGCUCUUACCACAGAAUCCACAGCAUGGAGCAAACAGCAUUUGGAAGUCGUGCUCGCAAUACUUCCGACCCUCGAACUGCAAGUGGAGACCAGAAACAAGCAAGUCACCCGCCAUCCCCAUAAGCCUUUGUCCAGUCAGAACCCGAGGGCAGGAGGCGGGGCCCUGGCCCACCAUCGCCUGCUGGAGCAGGCCACGUUACUGAAUGGGCCCCUGAGGGAGGGUCCUCACGAGCUGCUGGGGCCCCCCCGAGGCGGGGACUCGGCCCUGCGCUGAGGGUUUGUGACUGGGGUCCUGAGAGUGGGCUGGGAGGCGGCACUGGGACAGGAAGAGUCAGGUGCAAGCCACACGCAUCACUGCGCCUUUCACGUGUGACCAGCCCAGCAACUCCAGAAGCUGCAAAAGACCCCGGGAUGGGAGAGAGAAAGGAGGGGACACAGGAAGGUGGCAGAGAGGAGCUCCUGAAUCCUGUGGGCGACAAUGGUUGCUGUCUAUCACGCACUACCCCCAGCAUGGCUAAAGCCUGCCUGUCUUCCUCUCCUUUAACAAUUUUAUUUACUUCCUUUUUAAAAAGUUUGGGGCUGGAGACAUGGCUUAGUGGUUAAGGCACUUGCCUGCAAAGCCAAAGGACCGCGGUUCGAUCUCCCAGGACCCAUGUAA